AUGGUACCACAGGCCCAGAUCCUCUGCUGCAAAAGAUCCCGGAAGAGUGCUGGACUGGUGAGGCAGCUGGAGACAGCUUCCAAGAUGGAGACCCUCCAUGACACUCCAAUCAAGUGCCACGAAAUCUUUAAAGCCUUACCUGACCAACAGAGACGCAUCAGAGUCGUUCUGACGAACGGCGUCGCUGGUGUUGGAAAAACCUUCUCAGUGCAGAAGUUCACUCUGGACUGGGCAGAGGGCUCUGAAAACCAAGACGUCAGUCUGCUGGUUCUGCUUUCGUUCAGGGAGCUGAACCUGAUCAAAGAUGAGCAGUACAGUCUUCUCAGGCUGCUCCACGUUUUCCAUCCAACAUUAAAGAAGCUCACAGCAGAAAAGCUCGCUGUCUGUAAAGUGUUGUUUAUCUUUGACGGCCUGGAUGAAAGCAGACUUUCACUGGAUUUCAGCAACAGGGAGGUCGUGUCUGAUGUCUCACAGAAGUCAUCUGUCAACGUGCUGCUGACAAACCUCAUCCAGGGGAAUCUGCUUCCCUCGGCUCUGGUCUGGAUAACUUCCCGACCUGCAGCAGCCAAUCAGAUCCCUCCUGCAUGUGUUGACAGGGUAACAGAAGUACGAGGCUUCACUGACGCCCAGAAGGAGGAGUACUUCAGGAGGAGAUCCAGUGAUGAAGAGCUGUCCAGCAGAAUCAUCUCACACAUCAAGACAUCCAGGAGCCUCCACAUCAUGUGUCAGAUCCCAGUCUUCUGCUGGAUCUCUGCUACAGUUCUGGAGCACAUGUUGACCACAGAGCAGAGAGGAGAGCUGCCCAAGACCCUGACUGACCUGUACUCACACUUCCUGCUGGUUCAGACAAAGAGGAAGAAGCAC